GAAGCAUGCGCACGUGAGUUGACCACGCCCCUAUUUCCAUGCCCUGAAGCAGCGCGCCAUUUUGUUCAUCUUCUGGCUGCAGCGAGCGGCUUCAACUUACUCUCGGAAUGUAUGGACAAACUGAACCUCAGGAACUUGGUGUCUAUUUCAAUGGAUGGGCCCAAUGUGAAUUGGAAACUCUUCGACCUUUUCCAGAAAGAUCAAGCUGAGCAGUACGGAAGUGAGGAGUUUAUAAUGCUAUUACUGUGUGUGUGGGUCUUCAGCUCGUUUGUGUGGGGAGCUGUGGCCUACACACGCUACACAACUCCUUCAAGUGUGGGUUCACUGUAUGGCAGCUGGACAAAUUGCUGAGAGCAAUGCACACAUUGUUUCACAAUACGCCUGCCAGGAGAGAGGAUUACAUCACCGUAACCAAGUCCAGUGUGUUCCCUCUAUCUUUCUGUGCCCAUCGUUGGGUAGAAAACCUUCCGGUUGUGGAGAGAGCCCUGGCAGUCUGGCCAUCAUUUCUCCUGUACAUGGAAGCUGUGAAAACAAAGAGACUCCCGAACCCUGGAACAGCAUCAUAUGACACAGUUGCAGCAGCCAUAAAGGAUCCACUCGUCUUGGCCAAAUUGCAGUUCUACGCAGCAAUUGCCAGGACCUUCAAUCCCUUCCUGAAAAAAUAUCAGACGGAUGAGCCUGUGCUCCCAUUCCUCCCCAAAGGACCUGACCGAGUUGAUGAUGUCUACUCAGACGCUUCAUAAAGAGAGACGUACUACACGAUAUCACUGCCCUGCAGCUGACCAAACUGGAUGUCACAGACAAGACCAUCUGGCUCAGCCCACAAGACAUCAGCAUUGGUCUAGGUGCAGAGUCAGUCCUUAAGAGAAUCAAAGGUGCAGAGCUCAGGGUGCUCGAGUUCAAGAGAGUGCAUGCAGGGACUGAGUAACAUGAUCAAGAAAGUGCAGGACAAGAGCCCCCUCAAGUAUCUGACUGUUAGGCAGAUGGUGUGCCUGAAUCCGUCAGUAAUGUAUAGAGAACCAGAAAGAGGCAGGAAUCACAUGAAAGGGCUGGUUCAAAGGUUUCUCCAGGACAAACAGCUUACUGAUACUUCUUCGGGGGAUGUCAUACUGCAGCAGUUUGACAGUCUCCUUUCCUUGGAGAGCCGGAGUGAGGACUUCCUCUCCUUUCAAACCAUGCAGACGAGGCUGGACAUCUUCCUGAGCAGCGCCAUGGAGCCUUAUCCCGAGCUGUGGGCCUUCUGCAAGAAGCUGCUCAUCCUCAUCCACGGUCAAGCUACAGUUGAGCGUGGAUUCUCAAUCAAUAAAGAGGUGGAGUCUGAUAACUUGGCGGAGGAUACUGUGGUCACACGGAGACUGGUGUGUGACUACAUCAUACAACAUGGAGGUGUUACCAAGGUUCCACUCAGUAAACCGCUACUGGAAAGUGUAGCAAGGGCAAGGACAAGGUAUCGUACCCAUCUGGAGACCAAAAGAAGGAACAGGGAGGCAAAAGACCAGGCUCUCAAGAGGAGGGAAGCAGAGGACUGUCUUGAGGAGCUGAAGGUUAAGAGGAGACGUGUACAGGAGGUAUCUGAGGGUCUGGCUAGGGAUGCGGACAAGAUGGCUGAGGAGGCUGAAGCGAAGGCAGGGAGCAAGAUGGCUGGCCUGAUCACCAGGUCAAACAUUCUGCGGAGAGGCCAUAAGGAGAAGUUGGCAGAACUGGCUCUCCUUGAUAAAGAGAUCGCUGCUAAGAGUGCAGAGCUUAGGAGUUGACUGUGUGAUCAUAAUUUUAUUUAUUGUUGAGUUGAUUUUCAUUGUUUAUUGUUGAGGAGUCUGUGCUGUUGGCGUAAGUACUCACCACUAUGCUGCAAUGUUCCAUCAUUCCAUAAUGCUUUACAGUCCACAUUUUCACAUUUGUUGAAAUAAAUGAACAAAUUUUGAACAAACGUUGUCGGUAGGUCUGUGAAAUAGGCCGUGAAAUAGGUAUUAAUUUUUAUAUAAGUGGUCUUAAAAGGGACUUAAAAAGACUUGAAUUUGACUUGAACAAACCUGUAGGAACCCUGUAAUAAAAUAACCUCAAACAGC